AUUGAAUUUAAUUACUAAAUCAACAUGACACCGGAAUAUUUUUCGUAAAUAAUGAUAUGCCAAAAUAAAAUUUAAUAUGAUGAUAUUACAUAAUUAUUCUCCCACUACACUCUGAUUACCAUGCAAAAAGAUUCUUCAUGAUCAACGUAGUCAUACGUUCAUUACCGUCAGUUCCUUGUUUCAAGGUCAAUCAUAUUUACAUCAAAACAAAUAGUGCUCCUCUAGAGUGAUAAGUUUCCAUCCAUAUCGAUCAAGUGGCUAUACUAAAAUCGGAUUUUCUCUUCUAUCGCAAACAUUAGAAACGUGAAUAUUGCCAAUAUUAGUAGUACAACACGAUUUCUAACACCUCGACGCUUUGAAGGUCAAUGACAGUGAAUCAAUUUGUGCUCAAAUCGUGUUUCAUUCGAAUCAAUUAUGUCGGCAGAAGUUGAUAGUGAAUAUCCAGCGAGCAUAGAACAAUACGCCCAGACUAUCCUGCACGAAACCACAGAGAGCAGAGAGAAUGGCCUUGACGAGUUGAAGAAAUGGGCGGAGGAGAAUUCGAAUUUACACGUAAGAACCGAGGAGAAAUACAUCGUUCCCUUCCUUAGGGGCUGUAAAUAUGACGUGAAGAAAACCAAGGAAAAACUCAAGAACUUCUAUCUUAUGCGCAGGGACGUGCCAGAAUGGUUCAGCAAUAGGAACCCGAACUUGCCGCAAAUACAGGAAUUGGUGAAAAUGGGUACAUUUGUGGUGCUCAAAAAUACUUACGAGAACAAGUUAGUGAUGGUUGUCAGGCCUACAAUACCCGAUCCUUCGAUUUACGAUCUAGAUACGAUCAUAAAAGCCGGGACUAUGGUUCUGGAUAUAGCUGUUAUGGAAGAAGAACUAGCCCAGAUAUAUGGUGUUUACGCGAUCAUAGACCUGAAAAACACCGGAUUCCGGCAUGUGAGGCAAUACACGCUAACUAGAAUAAAAAACAUCGUCAAUACAUGGCACAACUAUCAUUGUAGACCCAAAAAACUGAUGUUUAUAAACGCCCCGACCUUUAUUCAUGUAGUCUUGAAUAUCUUUAAGAGUUUCAUGACGCAGAAAUUGAAAAAAAGGAUUGAAGUCAGCUACGAAGGCAACUCGGCCCUGGAGAAGGCUAUCGACAUAUCGAUACUACCAAAAGAUUAUGGUGGUGAAAAAGAGACGGUAGCAGAAUUAGGACGGCAAUGCUCAGAAAAAUUGACUUCGUAUUCUGAGUGGUUUGCGGAAGACGAAAAAUAUAAGGCUGAUUGAAUAUGCAGCGCUUCUGAAGGAUAUCUCUUUCAUAUUUAUUUAUAUUAUUCAUAUGGAGUUACAUCAGCAAUAAAAAAUGUGUACACUA